AUGUCAUUUUUUGGGUUUGAUCCAGCAGCUCCUCCUCAAGGAGCCAAUCAAAAAGAUGAUGUUUACGACUUUGAGAAUACUUAUGAUGGGUUAGGUGAAUUACAGGAAGAUGAUGCUUUCAAUCAAGAAACAUUUGGAACUAGUACCAGUGAAAUUAGAAAAGAUUUUGAAUUUAGUCAAGGAGAGUCUCAACAAUCUGAGUCAUAUGCAAAGGCCUCGGCACCUCCUGCCCAAACUAUUAGUUAUGCCCAGGCAGCAACAGUUCCAGUAAAUGAUGAUGAGUUUAUGCAAGAAUUAUGGGGAUCAUCUAAUGCACCAAGCAAGAACCAUACUGACUCCACUGAAGAAAAGACAGCAGGUGGUCAAUCUGAGAAAAAGAUUUUGUCUUUAGAAGAAAUUGAGGCCCAAUUAACUGCAAUUGAUCCUUCUCAACAACCACCUCUUCCUCAGCAACAAUUUCCUCCUCAACCUUAUGGGGUUCCAGGAAUGAUGCCUCCACCUCCACAAUUUGGGUACAUGAUGGCGCCAGGAUUUAUGCCACCUCAGUAUCCUUAUCCCGGUAUGAUUCCACAACAAAUGCCACCUAUGCAGCAAGGUCAAUUUCCACCUCCGCAACCACAGCAGCAACAGCAACAGCAACAGCAACAACCUCAACCUCAACAACAACAACAGACCGCAGGUCCUGUAGAUAAACAAGUUUCAGAAGGUCCUGCUCGUUCUCCAGCUUCCAAGAAGACACAAAAAGUGGAUUUGUCUAAUUUCCCAGUUUUAGGAUCAAAGGAGGCACAAUCGCAUCAACAGAGCACUCCCCAGCAACAAGUGCAACUGCAACAGCAACGCCAUCAUCAUCAUUAUAAUCAACAUUAUCAACAUGGUCACCAGCGUGAGCCUCUGCAAGAGCUUACACCAGAACAACAAGAAAAAGCUGCUAGAAGACAAGAAAAAGUUUCUCGAAUCAUGAAAUACUCGGGGAUUAUGAAUCCUAAAGAUAAAGAUUUUGUGACCAGAUUUCAAUUAUCUCAAAUUGUUACUGAAGAUCCUUAUAACGAAGAUUUUUAUGCUCAAGUUUUCAAAGUUAUUCAUCCAAAGACAAUUAAUGGUGCUCAACAAUCUACUCAACAAAACAAUUCUAUUGCUCAAGCUUACUUGGAUCAUAGUGGUCAUAGAUUAGGUGGACGUUAUAAAAGAGCUGAUGUUGCUUUACAAAGAAUGCAACAGCAAGUUCAAAAAGCAGUUACUGUUGCUAAAGAAAGACCCAAGUUGACUCAAUAUGCCAAAGAGGGAGCUCUUGGUAAGAUUUCUUUUGGUAGUGGUAAAAAACCAAGACAACAAUUGGAAAUUAUCAGUAAAGCUGCUGAGAGACAAAAGCAGGAAAACCAAAUUGGCAAGAAAGAAGGGGUUAAGCAUUAUAGCAAAAAAGACAUUUUAAGUAUAUUAGAGAAUAUUAUUGGUGAAUUAAUGAAUGUUGAAAGUGAAUCAAGAACCCGAGCUGAUGUUGAUACUAGUAAAUUAUGGGAGUCAUUGAAAGUAUUGGAACAAUCGUCAUCAUCCGGUGAUGAAGAAAGUGAAGUCAACCCAUUCAUUCAAUGUUUGAACUAUAACAAAAUGUUAAAGAUUUUGCUUCGUCUUUUCAAGUUUUUAACUAGAGAACAAAUAUUAACUAUUGUAACAUUAAUCAUGUCUAAUUUAGAAAAUUUGUUAGUGAUCAAGAAUGGAUCAUAUACUACGUAUCCUAACAAGAAAGUACCAGAAAAUAUUGUCAAAUUGGUUGAAGCUUAUACUUUAACAUUUUCAAAAGUGUUGAUGAAUGCAGUAUUGGAUUUCAAAUUUAAUGAAAUCAUUGGAUUAUUAGUUAUUUUAAUUGAGCACAAUAAUGUUUCAUUUGUGUCUACCACCAAGAUUGGGUUAUCUAUAUUGACAACAUUGUUAUCACGUGCAGAAUUAAUCAUUGGUGAAGGAUCGAUAUCGGCCACUGAUUUAUCGGAAUGGUCAUCAUGUUAUGAUGAAUUGUUUACAUCAUUAGAAUCGAGAAUUGCUGCUAUUUUCCCACCCAAUCCUGAAGAUGUUGAUGAUGGUUCUUCUGGGGAAAACUAUAUAUGGCAAUUUUUAGCCACAUUAUCGUUGGGUGGUAAAUUGAGUCAUCAAAGAAUUAUUGUUGAUGAAGUACGUGAUGAAAUUUUUUGUGUGAUGAAUCGAGCUAAAGCCAUUGCCAACACUGAUAUGGCUAAUUUGUAUAAGAAACAGAAUUUGUUGAAUAAUUUGAAUAUGUAUUUGGUUGUUAUGGGGUUGGUAGCAGAUGAGACGGAAAUCAAAGAACUUCAACAAUAG